GAAAACCAAUGCAAGCCUCAGCGAGCUAGAGACUCAUCAUAUAACUGCAUUGCAUAUUACUGUAGUAAAUGCCUACAUUUCACCUAAAGCUUCAGUCUUUAGAAACUUAAUAAGAUUCCACAUUUUUGUAGGCGACUCAAAGGUUGAUAUUGUUCACAAAGAUUCAGAGAAUGUGUUGCAUCUUAAAGGAGAUGCAAGUGAUAUUAAAGGGAGUGGGAUAUGUGUUUUGUUGAGGGAAGUUGAAGUCUUGUAUUUGGAAGAAGUGAAAAAUUUGAAGAAAAUUGUAAAUGAGAUAGAAGAUAAUAGUUAUGCGGAUUUGAAGCGAGAUGAAUGUGUUGAUGCACUAGUAAGAAUUCCAGAGUCUCCAAAAAGUCGCCUCCCAUACUUAGCAAUUUAAGAAAAGUAGAAAUAAGGGGAUGUGAUGAGUUGAAGUACUUUAUUCCACUAUCCAUGGCUAGAGAGUUGAGGCAACUUCACAGCAUAACUGUAAUGUUCUGCAAAAAGAUGGAGGGAAUUUUCUACAGAAACAAAGUGAAUGAUGAGAUUGAGUCGCCACUUACAACUCUCUGCUUGGAUAACCUUCCAAACUUCAUUGGAUUUAUCUACAAGGAUAUAGAAGAGUCGAGUGCAUCUGAAAUGAACAAUAGGAUGGAAAUUGUUCAAUCUAAGACUGAACCAAUGGAAAAGAUUUCUAUAUUAUUUUCUUCUCUUUGGGUAAGACUAUCAAAGUUGCAAAAGCUUACCUUGUAUAAUUGUGGUUUAGUAAAAGCACUGUUUCCUUCUUCUGUUGCCCAGCAAUUUGUGCAGCUUAAAGAAUUAAAUAUCUCAGCAUGUUGUAAGAUGGAAUAUAUAGUUGCAGAAGCAAAAGAAGAAGAAAAAAACAAGGGCAUAAACAAAAUAGCAUUUCCUAAUCUAACUGAGCUUGGUCUUAAUGAUCUACCAGAGCUGGUGGCUUUCUUUGCAGACAAUGAUUUUUCUUUUGAGUUGUACUCAUUAGUAGAUUUGAAUAUAUGGUCUUGUCCUAAACUGAAGACACAUUAUUGUGAAACUCCAGACUCAUCAACUUUGAACAAAAGUUACGAUCAAAGUGAGCUCAAAGUCAUGUUCCCAACAAGCUCAAUUGCUCAACGCUUACUAAGAAGAGGAAAGCCAAAAGAUGUUUCCAAGAAAAAGGAUAUGGAGAUGGAGCAGCCAAGCACAUCUCAAAUGAAAAGUGGACCAAUGGAAAUGAUUUCUACAUUAUUUUUUCUACCAAGUUCACCAUUAUUAAAUUUGCGAGAGCUUCAUAUCGUUCACUGUCAUUUUCAAGAAGCAGCCUUUCCUCUCUCUGUAGCUCAACAAUUGGUGCAGCUUAAAGACUUAACCAUUUUGUCAUGUGAGAAGAUGGAAUACAUUGUUGCAAAAGAUAAGGGAAGAAGCAAAAUAGUAUUGUUUCCUAGCCUAACUUAUCUUCACCUUUCAGAUCUGCCAAAUUUGAUGGGUUUUUGCAAAGAUAAUAAUGUUUCUCUUGAGUGGUCUUUGUUAGAAGAAUUGAGCUUUGUUGAAUGUCCGAAAAUUAAGACAAUUUGCGUUUCAGUUCCAAAAUCAUCAAUAUUGAGUACGAGUGCUGAGGUUGAUCACCUUGAUACUACCUUUUGUGCCACAUUGAUAUCACGAAGAAGGAAAGAGCAAGAUAAUAAUUUCAGCAAAAAGGUUUCAUUAAUAAAGAAUCAGAGGGAUCCAUCUGUUAGCAAUACUGAUGAAAGUUGUGCAUUUCCGUCCAAAUUGAUUCAACAGUUGCAAAAUGUGAAACACCUUUGGAUUGAGGGCAGCGAUUCAGUGGAAGUAAUAUUUUCAUUUGAAGGGCUGAUUAAUGGAGUGCUCAAUUCAGUGGAAAAGAUAUGCUUAGUUAAUUUACGAAAUUUGAAGCACCUUUGGUUCAAGAUUCCACCAGAAAUCACAGCCUUCCAAAACCUGCGAGAGUUGAUGGUAGAAGAGUGUGAUAAUUUAAUAAACCUUUUCUCAAUUUGCUCGGCCAAACUUGUAGGAAAGCUACAAUCAAUAAAGAUUAGAAGGUGCAAGAGGAUGGAGGAAAUUAUUGGAAAAGAGGGUGAAGAAAUUAGCAUGCAAAAAAUUGUGUUCCCUCAACUAAGGUCUCUGACACUUGAGGAUUUACCCAACCUCAACAGUUUCUGCAAUACGAUUUAUGCUCUUGAAUUUCCAUUUCUAGAAACAUUGGAGUUUCGGAAAUGUAAAAGGAUGGAGACAUUCUCCUAUGGAUCAUUAAGCAUGCCAAAGCUAGAGAAGGUUAUUGUUAUGAUAAAUGGAAGGUGGCAUCAAUUAAUGGGAUCUGAUCCAAACCUUAAUGCAAAAAUCAAUGAGUUGUUGAAGAUGAAUCAACAAGAGGUAGAAGAGGAACCUGAGUUUGAGUCGUGAAGAGGAAAGUGAUGAAGCUGCUUUUAAUGGAGAAUAGCAUUGAGCUCAAAGUGUUCAAUGAAGAUUGAAAAUUAUAGUUUUCUUUUUUUUCUCGAGUCUUGAAGUUGAAAAAAUAAACAUUUUCUUCUCCUGUGAUUUUCUCAUCAACAACAUUUCAUGAGUCGCUUAUAAAUUCUGGAGCUGCUUUUUAUUCUUUGAGUCUUGAAAUUCUAAGGUAGGUGUGAAAUAGCUUUGCUGCUAUUAAAGACAUAUUGAAGAUUGUUCAUGUUUAUUGUCAUGCUAUGUUUAGUUCUUUUC